UCCCAACAAACCGGCCCUUCAUUCCCAUAAAACAAGCAGCAGCCUUCAGUCCUUCCUCCCGCCAUGAAACAGACUCUGGCCGAACUGAUGAGGAUGAGCAGGAUAUGCCGGAUGGUAUUUGCCACUUGUUUGGGAUCUUUUAUUCUGGUCAUCUUUUAUUUCCAAAGUAUGUUCCAACCAGUCAUGCGGAGGAACCCCUUUGUGGUGGACGGCUGCUGCAGGAAAGGCUCCCGCAACGCCCUGCAGGAGCUCUACAACCCCACACAGUCGGACUUGUCUGGAGCGGCCGUCCUCCACCAGGCCAGGAGGGAUCAGGUGGUGGAUGCGUGCCGGGUCUACAGCGCGUCCAGCCGCAAGCGGAGAGUCCUGACGCCUGGGGACCUCAAACACCUCGUGGUGGACGAGGACCACGAGCUCAUCUACUGCUACGUACCCAAGGUGGCCUGCACCAACUGGAAGCGCGUCAUGAUGGUCCUCACAGGCCGGGGCAAAUACAGUGACCCGAUGGAAAUCCCUUCCAAUGAAGCCCACGUUCCCUCCAACCUGAAGACGCUGAACCAGUACAGCAUCGGCGAGAUCAACCACCGCCUCAAGAACUACCUCAAGUUCCUCUUCGUCCGCGACCCCUUCGAGAGGCUGGUCUCCGCUUACCGCAACAAGUUCACCCUCAAGUACAACUCGUCCUUCCACAAGCGCUUCGGCACCCGCAUCGUCCGGCGCUACCGCAAGAACGCCACGCAGGACGCCCUGCUCAACGGCGCCGACGUCAAGUUCCGAGAAUUCGCCGAGUACCUGGUGGACCCGGCCACGCAGCGCGACGGCCCGCUCAACGAGCACUGGCAGACGGUCUACCAGCUUUGCCACCCGUGCCACAUCCACUACGACCUGGUGGGGAAGUACGAGACGCUGGAGGAGGACGCCAACUACGUGCUGCGGCUGGCGGGCGUCGGCGACACCGUGCGCUUCCCGAGCUACGCCAAGUCGACUCGCACCACAGACGCCAUGACGGCCCAGUUCUUCAGCAAUAUCAGCACUCAGCAGCAGAUCCAGCUCUACCAGCUCUACAAGCUGGACUUCCUCAUGUUCAACUACUCCACACCCAGCUACCUCCGGCUGGACUAACGGAGGACAGAGCCGGGACUCUGGGAAAGGCCGCCUUGUACAAGGAGAGGCAAAAAAAAAAAAAAAAACGAUGAGCGAAGAGGAGGAUUUUUUGGAAGCAAACUUGAUUAAAAAAACUGUCGUCGUUCCUUGCAGGGGUGGGGUCUGAAUUAGAUGUACGAACAGAGGCUGAAGGAGGGAAAAGGUGAUGUGUGCUUGUCUGGGUGGAAGGGGGAGGCUGUCCAAUCAUCUCUGGGUAAAACGUGAGACAGAGAGCACUGAUUGGCAAUGAAGAUGGGAAUUGGGAGUGAAAGGACCAGGAGCAUGCAAAGACUAAAUGUCUGGGUGAAGCAGGUCUUCAAGGUGUUUUCAAAGGGGAACUUAACUUUAGAGGACGGACACGCAGAGGGAUUCUCGUAGAAAGCAGAUAAUGUUCCCCGCCAUGUUUAAAUAAACUGCUGAAAAAUUAGGCUGCUUCAGAUUCUGCUAAGCAAACAGCGGCCUCGCACGCGCCCUGACCCCCAAUGCAUCGUGGGAGCUGAGCUUAUCUCCCUCCCUCCCCCUCCCCCCGAUCGAUAGAGAAUCUCCGUCAAAUUGUAAAGCCGCAUUUCAUGUCCUUCACCGCGCUCUCACCACGGUGUGCGUGCGUUUGACGGCGCCCGUCACCCUUUGCUCUCAUUGGAUUCAUGCAUUUCGGAGGGGAACUGGCUCAGUGCCACCUCAAGGACACCCCAUAAUAGUUGGCUAACUUUACUCUCAUGACCUCUACAACUGUAACUAUGGCGGCAUGGCCUUAAGCCAACAGUUUUAAAGAAGCAGCUUCAGUGUCACCGGCCUCAAUCAUUAUAGUGUUGGCAGAAGGGACCUCCUCACACCCCGAGGACCCCGAGCGACUGAAGACUCCCACCGCAGCAGUGAAGUACGGAAGUGCUAAAUCAUCGCCUGUAACACCAAGCACCCUUAAACGCUUUAAGCCACAGGACGUGGUCAGAAGGUACAAGUUGUGCUCACGCGAUUGGGCGCGGCGGACGUGAGCGACGCCUCCCGCUGGACUGUCUGAACGUGAAAAGAGAAGAUUUGGCCUGCGUGGCUGUGAAAGGGUUAAAGGGACAGGAUCUCAUAACCCCGCCCUGCCACGGCCCACCCAGGGGCUCAGUGGACACACCCAGGGCCGCACCCACA